AUUAAAACUGCCCAUCUAAAUUCUGCGGCAAACGCGGAAAGCAAGGAGACGAAGAAAAGAAAAAGAAAAGCCCUCACCACCACCUUCGUUAAACAAAAAAGUAUUUUUUUCUUCUUCUUUUUAGUUGGUUGCACGAUCUCGUGUACGAACACGGAACACCGACCCAGAAGAAAAGGACUCGUAAAUUCUGCAGCUUUACUAAUCUCCCAGCGCUAAAAUCAUUGUCUUGGAAAAAAAAGUCGUUUGCUUUUCGUUUGAACAGUUAUUCUCAAAACAAAGAUUUGAUCUCUUGGUAAGCCAAGAUCCAAAGCUGCUUAACUAGAUUUUGAAAUCUUUUGAUAGGUUGUAUCUUGUUGGGUGUGUAAUUGAUGGAUGAAGAUACCGUGAAUCGCUUUGGGACGCCUGAAAUGCAGGCAAGAAGAGAUUCAACGGGGAAGGCAAUAGCUUCAAAGCCUAAAGAGAAAGAGAUUCCUCGUUACCUCAGAGCAUCCACUGGUUCUUGCCAUGAUAUCUGCAAGUACGGGAAGAGGCAGGUAACGUUGGAGAAACCGUGGCGUUCGACUAAUAGAAAGAUCUUCAAGAAAGGGAAUGAUGAUGCUUUGGUCGAAACUUCGAAGCCUGGUUCUUCUAAGGCUACAAAAAAGAAGGUUAUUACUGAUGAUGGUUCUUCUUCUUUUGAGAUGAUGAUUAAGAGAGAGGUUGUGAAGCAUCAAGUGAGUGGUGUCUCUAGUAAGACGAAGAAGGCAGAGGUGUUGAUAGUACCAUCUGGUGAUGAAACUCCUUUGAAGACAAUGAAGAAGAAAGUGACAAAACCUUCACCAGAUUCGGGAUCUCGUAGCGUUGAUGCUCUGAAACCGAAGGUCUUGAAGAAAUCUUACUCAGCACUAGCAACUUCCAAAUAUAAAGUAAACCAUGAGAAAGUUGCUUCUUCAUCGGUUCUGAAACCCAAAAUGGGAUCAAAAAGUGAAGAUGCAAAGAUGAAGAAGGCUACUGUGUCCUCCAGAGUUGUUUUAAAGAAGGUUCCUGUGACUCCAAGAGCUUCGCUUUCUCCAAGAGUGUCAAUGAGAUUAGCUGGAAGUUCAAGUUUGAAGAAGAGUCAGAGCUUAAAGGCUGCUGCAUCAUCCUCUUCUCGACCAAAUCAGACACCAAGACAUGUGAAGCGCACUGAUGAGUCUAACAAACAGUUAGAUGGUUAUCCAGUGGAGGAGAAAACACUGCACGUUGUGGAGAUGGAAACAAAGAGCAAAGGUGUCUCUGAAGAUGAUCAGAAUCAGCAGUGCGUUGCUGAACCUUUUCCUCCUCUUCUGCAGACUCAAUCAACUGAGAAAGAUGAGGAGUGUCCUGUUUCAGAGACAGAGGAGUAUGAUUACCCUUCAGGAAGCAACGAAGCUGAGAGCGUAGAGGAAGAGACUGGAACGUCCAAUGGAGAGAAGAAACCAAUAGUGAGAAAGGAAGGAGAGUCUGCAGAGGAAGCUGCUCGGAAACUACAUUUCAGAAGAGGAAAAGUUGUGGACGCUGAUGAUGUGGGUGAGCGUGCAAGGAAGCUCAAGUUUAGAAAAGGGAGAGAUCUUGGGGAAGACAAAGAGCAAGAUGCACAAGGAAGAAGAAGCUUUAAGAAGAGGGAAGACGUCAAAGAAGAUGAAGAAGAGGAUGAAGAUGGUGAAAAAGUUGUGUUGAGGCAUCAAGAUGUUCAGGAGAAAGAUGCACAGGGAUUGCUCAACAAUGUCAUUGAAGAAACGGCGAGUAAACUUGUUGAAGCUAGGAAAAGCAAAGUUAAAGCUUUGGUUGGUGCUUUUGAAACUGUCAUCUCUCUUCAAGAAUCUAAACCUCCUGCUAACUCUGGUAUGUACCUUGAGCAUGAGCAAAAACGCUAACAUUUUGAAUCUUUGAGUUCUCUAUUGAUUUGGUUUUGGCUUUGUGUUGGUUUGCAGAAACUGGUAGUUCGAGCCCGGUUUGAUAUCGUUUCUGUUUGCUGAACUUCAAGAAAGAUUGAUGCAUUCAUACUAAUGUCUCAGCCAAACAUUGAUAUGAUGCUUUGUGAAUACUACCCUUGAUGGAUUGUGUUCUGUGUUUAGUUUUGGUUCUUCUGAACCUGUUUGUUGGUUUCAUUUGGAUGUUUUUUCGGUUUAUGGUUCGGUUUGUACAGGCAAAAGGCUAGUUUUCUUUACUUUCAUUUCUUGUUGGUAGUUGCAGUUUUUCUUUAAAAAGAAUUCCGAACAAACCGGAUAGUAAACUGUAUUUUCUGGCUUUGCUAUCGCACCGGUCCUUAAUUUGUAUAUAAGCUACCACCAAGACACUUUUCAUCUUACCAUAGUUGAAGGUCAUGUGUACUCAUCCCAUUCUUGCACAGUUGCAGACACUAUUUGGAGUUGUUUACUAGGUGGAGAUGAAUCAAGUCAUGUAGAAAGAUUAAAUGUCCAUAUCAACAUAAACCUUUAAC